GAGAGAGCGAGAGAGAGAGAAGGAGAAGGAGGGAGGGUGAUAUUUUCCAUAAAGCCUUUUUCUCUCUUUCUUUCUGCCCUUGAGCAUCCCGGGUAAACCCAAGCUUGUAAAGUGGGAAGAGGAGGAGGAGUGGGGGAAGAAGGGCGGGCACAAGCCUUUCCUCAAAGUCAAUAUUUUAUACUUUUGAUACUCCUUGACGCUGGAUUUUACUCCUCUUUUUGCCCCAGCCGUUUCCAGAUCUAGGACACGGAUCUCGCGUGCGCAGCCGUCUGCGGUGAUUAAAAAAAAAGUAUUCGGCAGAAGAAGGCAACAAAAAUAUAGAAACAACGAGCAGCCGGGCCGGGCCGGCGGAUAUCGCGGAGUACAGUGAGGACAGCGGCGGGGAGCGAGUACAGUGGACGAUCAGAGGAGGAGGGGGGAUCUUUGUACCUACAGAGGGGGGGACGUGCACGGACUCCUCCACACAAAGUGCUGACCUGUCUCUCGGAUGCACGUUAGAAGACAAUCAGAGGAGCUCGGCCAGCGCAAGACGUCCAAUGGAUGUAUCUGAGGACGCAGCAGCUUCCUUUCCUUCAUCCUCUCUGGCCGGCAGCACCGUUCCACCGCAGGACACAGAGCUCUUAGGCAUGGAUCCGCGUUAACGCCACCCACCAAACUCCCAUCAACACUAUGGUUAAAGUGUAUGUCGAGAUCCAUCUCAGUAACAUUAUCCGCACCUCCAUCAGUCGCUCAUCUUCCUCAGGAAGUCAGCCGUUAAAACAAGAAAGUGUCCCUCUGUCGGCGCUCUGGGGGUCGUCGAUAUUUGUGAAGAGAGACUGAGAGAGAAGUUGCCGAUAGUGUCCUCCUGUCAUCCAGAAACCUGGAGGCGAAAAAGCGAUAAAGUUCCACAAUAUGGUGGUGAGGAUGUCCACUGUUUCCUCAUGAUCACCGCUCCAUGCGCCUCACCUCUCCGCUGAGCUCCGUGGCCCCCUCACCCUGCGCCGGACCCCGCUCCAAACACCCCAUCACCCCCCCCUCCUCCACCAGCCUGCCAUGCUCCUCCAGGCCGUGUUUCUGCUGCUGCUGCACUGCUUGGCCUCAACGCUGGGCCAGUACGAACUGUGCAAGUCCCUGGUGAGCACGGAUGAGGGCUCGGUGUGGGAGCAGUACGCGUGCCAGCCCAAACAGGCGUCCAUGAAAGACCACAUGCGGAUCAAGGUGGAUCCGCCCGGGAUCACAUGUGGGAACCCGCCUGAGAGGUUCUGCACACUGGAGAAUCCAUACCUCUGCAGUGAUGAGUGUGAUGCUUCUAAUCCAGACUUGGCCCACCCUCCUCAGUUGAUGCAGGACCGCGAACGCAACGGCCUUCUCACCUACUGGCAAACAGUCACAUGGAGGCGCCACCCUGAGCCCCUGCUGGCUAACAUCACCAUGUCCUGGAACAAGAGUCUGGAGCUCACAGACGACAUCCAGAUCACCUUUGAGUACGGCCGUCCCACUAUCAUGAUAAUGGAUAAGUCCAUGGACAACGGACGCUCUUGGCAGGCUUACCAGUACUACGCCGACGAUUGCAUAGACGCUUUCAACAUGCCUCCAAAGCGUGUGCGCGACCUCUUGCCCGCCAACAUCACGCGGGUCAUCUGCACUGAGGAGUACUCGCGUUGGGUCGGCUCUAAGAACGAAAAGAAUGUGAAGUUCGAGGUGCGGGCACGCUUCGCUGUGUUUGCGGGAUCGCGGCUACAGAACAUGGACAGCUUGUACACUCGCAUGGAAAGUAUGAAGGGAUUGAGGGACUUCUUCACCUUCACUAACCUUAGGUUGAGGCUUCUCAGGCCCGCCCUUGGAGGCACCUACGUCCAGAGGGACAACCUGCUCAAGUACUUCUAUGCCAUCUCCAACAUCGAGGUACCUGCCAGGUGUAAGUGUAACCUCCACGCCUCCCAGUGCCUGCUGCAGGAAGGGAACCUCCAGUGCCAGUGUGAACAUAACACCACGGGCCAGGACUGCCAGCGCUGCAGGAAAGGCUUCAAGGCCAAGUCCUGGAAGGCUGGAUCCUACCUGCCCACACCCAAUGGAACCCCCAACACCUGUACGAUUGCUGGUUCACCCUCCGGUUCCACUGAAGAUGACACGGAGGAUGAAACUGAAGGAGAAGCCGAGGGGGAAGAUGAAGGUGAAGCUGAGGGUGAAACUGAAGGUGAAGAUGAAGGUGAGGGUGAGCCCGAGGCUGAAACAGAGAGCGCCACAACCACUUCAGAAGCUGAAUGGUCUCCAGCUUUUACCAGAGAGCAGUUCGGAGCCCCUCAGGAAGAGUUUGUUGCCGCAAGAAGCCCUGUGUCAGAGGCUGGAAACUCACAAUACAGCCCUCUACACCCUCUUGAUUUUGAUCUAAGUGAAGUAUUCUAUCUAACAGAAGAGUUCAAGACACCAGACGAGUUCAAACCUUCUAUAACAAUUACCGACCCUCCACAUCUGUCGGUCCCAGAGGAGCCCACGCAUCACUCUGUUCAUCAUCAUCUCCAUUCGAUCACAAUCGAGUCCAUCCUACAUCCCCUGACUCCUGUUCACCGUCAUACAAGCAUGUCUGAAACUGAGGGGAAACACUCAGAGUCGAGGGAAAGUGAGAGAGGAGUCUUUCAUAACUCUGAGGAACAUGUACCAGAGAAUCAUGGCCGGGCACCUGUACAACGGCAGCACUGGGAGGAAAGAGAGGAAGUGGAGGAGGAGGAAGAUAAUGAAAGAAUAGCAGAAAUCACAGUUGGGUACAAAUCUGAAGGACCGCCACAUGAGAGUCACGGCCACAAAACCUUAUCUGAGAACAGAGAGGAAAGGAAGGAGGAGGAAAGAGAAGCUCACAGGACAGUCUCUUACAAGCCUCAAGGACACGUACAUCAGACUCAUGGCCACAAAACAACAAGCUCGUCUGAGAACGGGGAAGAAAAGAAAGAGGAGACGGUUCCCAAUAUUUUUGAGGGACAAAUGCACAGGACUCAUGGUCACAAAGCCUCAACUGAGCAUUGGGUGGAAAGGGAGGAAGAAAAGGAAGAGGAAAAGGAGGAGGAGGAGGAGGAGGAGGAAGAUGAUGAAAAUGAGGAGGAGGAGGAGGCGGAAAAGGAAGACGAGGAGGAGAAGGCGAAAGAAGAGGAAGAGGAGGAAGUGGUGGAGGAGAAGGAGGAAGAAAAAACUGAAAGCAAAGUUUCCCACACAUCUCAGGGGCCCGUUCAUGUGACUCCUGGCCACAAAGCAACCUCGUCUGAGCAUGUGCAGAAAAAGGGCGAGGAGGAGCGUAAAGCCACCCACAUUUUUGAGGCGCCCCUUCAUGAGCCUCCUGGUCACAAAACCUCAACUGAAAACAGGGAGGGAAGGAAGGAGGAGGACAGAGAAACUGAAAAGAAAGUCUCCCAUCAUUUUGAGGGACAUGGACAUGGGACACUUGGUCACAAACCAUCAGGGCAUGGGGUGGAAAAAGAGAACGAGCAGGUUGAGGUGAAAGGAAGACAACCUGAGAAGACAGACUCGCAAAACUUUGAGGGACACAUUCAUGGGACUCAUGGCGCCAAAACAACAACGCCAUUAGAGAAAGGGGAGGAGAAGGUUGAUCCUGAGAAAGAGGAGGAGAAAGAGAAAAAGGAGGUGAAAGAAAAGGAAGAGGAGAAUGACGCAAAGCAAGUGGAGAAGGAAGAAAAAGAAGUGGAGAAGGAAGAGAAGACAGAAAUUAUGGAGGAAGUCUCUAAUCAUGUACAUCAGACCCAUGGCCACAAAAUAACACCGGUGCACAAGGAGCAAAAAGAAGGGACAGUCCAGCACCAUGUUCAUGAGAUUCAUAAGCAACUUACGUCAACCUCACCAGAGCACAGAGAGAAAAGGGAGGACGAGGAGCAAAAAGUUUCCAAUAAACCUGAGGGGAACGUCCAUGUGACUCAUGGCCACAAGACCUCAACCGCGCACAGAGCAGAGAGAACUGCUGAGACGAAAGUUUCCUAUACGUCUGAGGGACAGGGACAUGAGAGUCAAGUCCAUAAAACUUCAUCCCCGUCUGAAAUCAUAAAGGAAAUACUGGAGGAAGAAAUACAAGUUGAGACUAAAGUUUCCCAAACGUCUGAAGGACUUGGGACUCCUGGUCGUAACACAACAACCUUAUCUGAACCCGAAGGAAAUGAGCCUGGAGAACAAAACCCAGAAGUGCAAGUCCCCCCAAAACCUGAGGGACAAGUACCUGAAACUCUUGGCCACAAAAAGACAACCUCUGUGCAUGGCCAUGAGAGAAAAGUCUCCGACGAUAUUGAGAAAGAUAUACUUGAGAGUCAUGGCAUUAAAAUGACACCAGGAAACGAGCACAAAGUCCAUCAUGUUGUGCAACAUGGGAGUCCUGGUCACAGAAUCCCAUCUGGGCACGGGGAUGCUGAAAAGAGAGUGCACCUGCACCACCACAUCCACUACCAUCACAGAGUGAAUUUACUUGAAUUGGAUGGAGGUCAUCAUGAGUUGAAUCGGACAUUUGUAAAGAAGGAGGAAGAAGAGAAAGAGGAGAAAGAAGACGAUAACAAGCAAGGGCUUCUGAAGUACUUGACCUCAGGAGAGCCUCAGGCCAGACAGUUGUUUGGGCUCAUAUACGAUGAUUUCAAAGACUGUGAGUGCUACGGCCACUCCAACCGCUGCAGCUACAUCGACUACCUGAACAUCGUCACGUGCGUCAGCUGCAAGCACAACACCAGGGGCCAGAACUGCCAACACUGCAGGCUGGGAUACUUCCGCAACGCCUCUGCCGAGCUGGAUGAUGAGGGCGUCUGCAUCGAGUGCAACUGCAACCAGAUGGGUUCCGUCCAUGACCGCUGUAACGGCACAGGCUUCUGCCAGUGUAAAGACGGAGCCACGGGGGCCAAAUGUGACGACUGUCUGCCCGGGUACUACUGGAAACAAGGCUGUUACUCGAACGUCUGCGAUGAGGAGAUGCUCCUGUGCCAGAACGGAGGAACUUGCUACCAGAACCAGAAGUGCAUCUGUCCUCCAGAGUUUAAGGGGGUACUGUGCCAACAGCCCCGCUGCGAGGCGGGCAAAGACUGCAACGCCGCCUCUUCCCUGCAUCCCCCCACGGCCAACCUGCUGCUCUGCACUCUGCUAGCCCACCUGCUGGCCACGUUAACGCCCCACUGAGCCACACACGCACACAACAACAAAAAAAAAUAAAUCCCCUCUGACCACGGGGUGUGUGCGUGUGUGUGUACGUGAGCGGGAUGGGGCCGCCAAAGUCAUGGACCCCGACGAAACAGACACCGCUGCACUCGCAAGAAAAAGAAGAAAAAAAAAAACCAAACACACUCACACUAACUAGCCCAAGCCUCCUUUUCAAAACACACACACACAAACACACACACACCUCACAGGACUGUUACAAUAACCAGUGUGUGCUCAGGUGCAAGAAGGGACAAACUGGAAAAAAAAAAGAAAAGAGUGACCUCAGAGAAAAGAGAUGCAGGCAUAAGGGGGAAAAAAAAAAAUCAUACCAACCACUGUUCCCUUUAUUCCUGAGCUGGAGCAAUGUGCAUCAAACCAAAAAGCAUAAAGAAAACACUUAAAUCACCACUGUUUCACUUCAAAGGGAAUGGCUGUUGUUAAUCACAAGGACCUUUUAUCUUUUUCGUUCUUCUUGGUUAAGUUACAGAUCUUGCCUCCGUUAAGACAGACAGCCGACGUGUGUGUGUGUGUGUGUGGACGGUUUAAGACAUGUCAACACGACGGACGGACUGACGGGUCGGGAGGCGAGAUUUUGAUCCUGCUGCUGAGGCCUACAUAUAUUAACCAGGUUUCAUUUCUUCUCUAAAGAUGAGACUUGAUUUGACAUUUAUUCUACUUCUGCUGCAUUCUUUUCUUUUUCUUUUCUUUUUCUUAUAUCUUCAGUCAUUGUAUCUAAUGUGCCCACUAACAGUCGCUGAGAUUAUACGUACUAUAUAAUAUCCAGAGGGAUUGCAGAUUAUAAAAAAAUUAGUCACUGUUAUGGUUGUUAUAGGAAUGAGUGAUUGUUGCCACACUUAGCGAGAUUUAAUCUUCACACAGUAUUCAGGAAAGCAGAAUUUAUCAGAAUUUAACUUAUCAGAAGCCUAAAAAGUGAGAGAGAAAAGAUAUCAUCCACGUAUCAAUAUUAUAUGACAUUAUUUGAAUAUUUUUUGUAGAAAUUAUUUUUGUUUGGAGUUACAAUAAAUUAUAUAAAACAAGA